GUCGAAGACGACGAGCAGAAAGAAAUGUCGAGAAGAGCCGGACGUACUCCCCGCACAAGAAGAACGUGCUCAACUCGGCGCUCAUUGCAAUCAUGGAUCAGAGUCUAAUUUCCUGGUAUUACUUCUAAUGAUGCGCACUCGAUUUUUGCGGUUAGGCGAAGGGCCGUGAGGACUUUCUGUCGGUUCCGUUUGUACGUCCAUCUUUUUCUCCUGAGUUCUCGAUCCUUCGUCCGUGAUUUCUUGAAUUCUCUUCAGCUCUUAAGAUCGAUUUAUCGGAUUUCAUCGCUGCAUUCGGCGAACAGCCAUCUCUUCAUGGAUUCCAGCAUCGGAACGACGUUCAAUGCUGAUUUUGAACACUCUGAAGGUUUAAAUCGAAGAGAGGAGUAUCGAUUAUGUUGGAAUCCGUCCUCAAGAUCCGAGAUCGACGAUGAUUCUCCUGAAGGACGCAGUGAGUGGAGCUCUCUACGAGGUACGCUUGCAGAGUGUCGAAAUUCUGGGAACUUUCUUGCAGCUGAGAUGGAAGCUGGUGUGGGCAAUGACUUUGCUGAAAUCUAUCAAGCUAUUGCCGAUGUAGAACACAAAGUUCAGGAGUUGUGCACUGAGCUUGUCCGGCUUCAGGCGUCUGUGGAAAUCUUCAACCCGAAUAGAUAAAUGUUGAUCCUUGACCAGUAUGGCGAGAGAGCCCUUAGGCUAUGAAAGUAUUGCUUGUACAGCAGCCCCGCAUCUAGAGCUUACAAACCUCAUAUCUAGGCUCUGGACUUUUAUAGCGGCUAGCCAUGAUCAGGAAAUUUCUUCUAGCGUCUCCAUAUUGUACAGUCUUCCUGUGUAAAUUAGAACACACAAGCACAUCACGGCUAAUCUAGUAUCACAGUAUAACUUUUAGAAUUUUAAUUACUCAACUUGUACUUUGACAACAUCAACUUUGAUUCGACGACUCAGCUGUGUCUUGAUAUGUUCAUGUAGCUUCUUAGACGCAGCGAGUAUGUUACGAUAUGACGACUAUUUAUUAAUAUAAUAUCAAUUUUCAACUGUUA